UUGCACGCCACCUUUCCUGGGCAAGAAUGAUGGGCAUACGAGUGGACCACUCGUACCGCAUCACCCAGGUUAGGGUUGAGAAUGGAGACGGAAAAGGGGAGGGGAACUCCUUUUUUUAUGAUUUAUUCUUUAUGAUCAUGAAUGUCAUUUGUAGGCUUAUUACUUCGUAUCCAUACUUCUCAGUGAUUUGGUCAUGACAGCAGCAUUGUGGCAGUGCAUGUAUCUAACGGAACACGGUGGAGCCCACUAGGCCUUGAUGGGCAGAGGGAGAGACAUCCAUUCGUCCCUCUGCUUGUACCCUGGAUGAGCAUUGCUUCAAUCCUUGGAUGACCGUUUUUCUGGAAUUCGUGUUCCCUGGACCUGAUUGUUUCUUCCCCUUUUCCUCUGGUAGGAGAAUGCAAUGAUAUCCCCUCAAAUACCCCAACCCAAUGCGAGGUUGAAACCGUCGAAUCAGAGUAUCAUAAGACAGGAGUCGUCAUCCAGCACUGCCUCACUCCCCUUCCUGCCGUCCCCCAGUUGCCUUCCCCCCCCCCUGGUUCCCUGUCGUCGGCUCGGCUACCAAUCCUGUUUCCUGUCCCCUCCCUCCUCCUUCUCCUCUUUUUUCCUUCCUUCAGCUAUCUCCCUGAGUUGGUUCGCCCCAUA